UAAUAAAUACUUCUAGAUUGUUAUCGAUUGACCUUGGUGCAAACAUAAUCAUCAUACCCGCUCAUAGGAACUAUGAUCAGGGUAUAGAAUGGAAAGGAAGGCGACAACUCAUAUCUAUAAAGAAGACUGCAACCAAAGAAUCUCUCGACUCGAAAAAGAUCCAAAUAGUGUAUACUUCCAACUUAAAUUGAUGAAUUUUUUAGUAUACUUUAUUAUAACCCAAAAAACGAAGAACUAUUAGUCCGAUGGAAUAACAAUAUGCAAUUGUAGCAAAUUGUUAGAUUUAAUUACUCCUAAAAGCUUUGCUGAUAUAUGCUAUGGACAAGGGGGAAAUUAGCUGCAGUAACCUCCUUCAGCUUGCAACAAUAUAUGAAUUAUCAUCAUCACAUUCACUACCAUAGUUCAUUGUUAUCAUCAUCUAAGUCAAAGAAUCUUUCUUGCUCCUACUCAUAGAUGCACACUUCUUUUAAUUUUUCUAGGAUUCUCCUCAAAGUUUGUGCCUUUCCUUUUUUCUUUCUUUCUCCCUUCUCCUUCAAUUUUCAGUCUUGUAUAUGAUUAGUUUGAGGAACUAAAUAAAGAUUUUAAAUGGGUUUUCUGUUUUGUUAAAUGGUUUUGUUUUAGUUUUUGAUUUUCAUUCAUGAUUAUUAAGGAAAAACAAGUUUUCAAUAACCACCCUUAUGAACCAGAAAAGUCCAUAUAAUGGAUCAAUUUUUAGACGAAGGUUGCUGGUUACAACAAACAUCUGAUAAGUCAAACCUUCUUCAGUCGAGUCUGGGUCUGGGUCCGGGUCAAAUUCAGGGUCAGGGCCAGGAUCAGGGUUCUGAACCAUCUACCUCUCAUAGUUUGAAUUUGAGCUACCCACCAUAUCCCUUGUUCCCUUCAUGUUCUAUAAAAGAUAGGUUGGUAAAAGCAAUCUAUAACUUAAAAGACAUGAACGGAGAUAGAGAUGUGCUUAUUCAGUUAUGGGUUCCUAUAAAGAAAGGACUACAUAUUUACCUUACAACAUUUGAACAACCUUACUUCUACCAAGAUUCUAGCAAGAGAUUACAUAACUAUAGAGGUGUUUCAGAGAAGUAUGAAUUUUUAGUAGAUGAAGAUACUAAACAGGCACUUGGGUCGUUCCCUGGGCGAGUCUUCCUUGGCAAAGCACCUGAAUGGACACCUGAUGUUAGGUUGUUUAGGGAAGAAGAGUAUCCAAGAAGUGUUUAUGCAUUUAAGUAUGAUGUUCGUGGCUCGAUUGCUCUUCCUAUAUUCGAAAAAGACAAUGAUCAUUCUUUGGGUGUUGUUGAGAUUAUCAUGACUACUGAUAAAUUUGAUUAUCGUCCUCAAGUUGAAUGUGUUUGUAAAGCGCUUGAGACUGUUCAUCUCAGAAGCUCAGAAAUCUUCAACAUCCCUCAACAGGUAGAAAAAGUAUGUUAUGAAGCUGUACAGUUUGAGAUUCUAAACGUAGUAAGAACUGUAUGUGACACCUUCGAUUUGCCUCUAGCUCAGACAUGGGCUCCAUGUUCACAACAAAGAAAAGAGGGGUAUUGGCAUUCGGACAACAAUGCCACCUGUGUUUCAAUCAUUGAAUCGGCUUGUUAUGUGCAUGAUCAACGAGUUCAGGAAUUUCACAAGGCGUGUACUGAUCACCAUUUACUGAAAAGGCGAGGAGGUAUAGUCCGAAAAGCAUUCGAGACCAACCAACCGUGCUAUGCUACUGAUGUCACAGAGUUCAGUAAGGUUGAAUAUACUCUGUCCCAUUACGCAAAGAUGUGUGGGCUGUAUGGAGCAGUAGCAGUAAAGGUACAUAGCAUCUAUCAUGAGGUGAAUGAUUAUGUUUUGGAAUUUUAUUUACCAUCAAAUAUCAAGGAAAAAGGGCUAGCUUUCCAUGCUAGGAUAUGGCAGACGGUAGCAACGGUAAUACAGCAGAACUGUCGGUUUUUGCAGUCCGUCACAGGCCAAGAUAUCGGAGAGCAGGCGAAAGAGACUUCCUGGGUGUCACAGAUGAUCCACCCAAAGAGAAAAGGUAAGGAAGUAGUGGUUUCACUGGAAUUCAGGAAAGAUGAGCCUAGCAAAGGGUUUGAAGUGAUGAACUGGAGUGAAAACGAGCCAAGUUUACAACUCGGGCAGGCUCUUUCUGAUGAAGACCUUUACCAAGAUAAUUCUGAGUCAAAAGGCGUUAGUGGUUCUUGUUUAUCUUCUGUAAGCCGAUUUCCUCUUGGUGGCAGAAAAUCUGGGGAAAAGAGAAGGACCAAGACACAAAAAACCAUCAGCUUGGAUGUGCUUAGGCAAUAUUUUUCUGGUAGCCUUAAAGAUGCGGCUAAAAGUAUUGGAGUUUGCCCAACUACUCUGAAAAGGAUAUGUAGGCAACAUGGAAUUGCUAGAUGGCCUUCUAGAAAGAUCAAGAAGGUGGAUCAUUCCUUGAGAAAACUUCAACUAGUGAUCGACUCAGUGGAAGGUACGGAAGGUGCCAUCCGACUGUCUUCUUUCUACACAAAUUUUCCUGAUCUUAAUAGUCCAAACACACAACCAAAAUCCAAUCAAGUUUCCUCUAUAAACUUGAACAAUCAACCAAAGCAGCAGCUAACUACUGAACCUGAAGGAAGUCUGUUCCCUUCAGGAGGAGCGACAGCCUCGAACUCCUCAUCCUCUACUUCUUCAAGCCAAACCUCGAGUUCUAGCUAUUGCUUCUCAAGCGGAGAGAAACUCACAUCAUCUCCCGUGACAGCCAUUGCUUCGGAGAGUAAAGAAGCAUCAUUCAUAGAGAUUCCUGGUCGGUCCCUAAAGAGGGCUCGAAGCGAGGCAGAAUUACAGGUGCUUAGCAAGAAAAGAGCUAAACAAAUCCUAGAAAGAUCACGGAGAAACAAAACUCUAGCUGAACAUCCCUUAUUUGAAACUUUACCGCCUUUGCUAGUAACUAAAAGUUUGCAUUCGAGAAAGGCAGGUCACUUUAAAGCUAAAGUUACUUUCGGAGAGGAAAAAGUCCGGUUCUCAAUCUUACCGAACAUGGGAUUUCAAGACUUGCAAAAAGAGAUAGCUAAAAGAUUUAGUUUGGAAGACUUGAGUAAGAUUUGUAUUAAGUACUUGGAUGAUGACAAAGAAUGGAUUCUUUUAACAUGUAAUGCUGAUUUAGAGGAAUGUAUAGACAUACAUAAAUCGUCUAGGAGCCACACAAUAAAGCUUACGGUUUCGCCUCUAUCAGGCUUGGCCGGUUCUUUUGGUAGUUGCGGUUUAUCCUAACUUCAAAUUUUGCCUUCCUUUCAAAGUCUAUGGAACUUCGAUGGUCCAAAAAUGUAUGUAUUCUCUGUUCUUAUCUUUAAACAAUAGUGUACACAGAUAGCAGUUUUGUUUUCCAUCUAAAUGGAACAUUGGGAAUUUUUUUCCUACCAG